AUGUCCAACGGUACCGAACUGCCAAUAUUGUACUCAUUCUGGCGUAGUUCCUGCACCUGGCGUGUGCGGAACGCGCUGAACCUAAAAGGAAUUUCCUACGAUCUCAAGACGGUAGAUUUAUACAAAUCCGGUGGCGGUGAACAGCACAACGAUGAGUAUCGCCAGCUAAACCCCAUGCAGCAGGUUCCGGCCCUGCAAAUCGACGGUAACAUACUAAUCGAAUCAAUGGCGAUUCUCCACUAUCUGGAGGAAACACGUCCUGAGAACCCACUGCUACCGCAAGAUAAGCUGCAGCGAGCGAAGGUUCGGGAAAUUUGCGAGGUUAUCACAUCCGGUAUUCAACCAUUCCAGAACUCAAGCACCUUUGACUACAUCGGCAGAGAAAAGGCACUAGAAUGGGCCCAGUACUGGAUUGCGCGAGGCUUUCGUGCCGUCGAAAAACUACUCGCAGCCUCUGCCGGCAAAUACUGUGUCGGAGAUCAAAUCACGCUGGCCGACUGCUGCCUAGUGCCACAGGUGUUCAAUGCUCGUCUCUACAAGGUGGACCUUACCCCGUACGUUACAAUUACUCGCAUCGGCCGGGAACUGGCAGAGCAUCCUGCUUUCAAGGCCGCACAUCCUUACAAUCAGGUUGACUGUCCGCCGGAUGUUGCUAAUGAAAAGGAAGUUGUUUUUUCAUUGGAACACGCCUGA